CGUAGGAGCAUGUGCGUGAGCUCACAUGGUGUAAUUUUGUGUUUCCUUGCAGCAGCAAAGUGUCUGGAGCACAGAAGAAGAGAACCAUAGCCAGGUUCGCGGUCCAUUAUUACUUUUGGUACGCGCUAUGCCACUCUCAACUCGUACCGUGAGUAAUAAUGCACUGCGACUGGUGCCGACUCCAGACAGAGGUCCUGUGGUCUGGCCCCCCCCGCUGCCAGACUGGGACCAGUAGGUCUUUGAUAAUGACUUGGUUGACUCUUAUGAGUCCUGUGAGGAGAGCAAACAUCUGCCUCCAAUAGAGCUCCCAUGCUAAUACACACAUAUUUUUACCCUUUAUAAAUGUUGCAACGUUUGUCUCUUACUGCGAAAGUUUCUUCCUGUAUCUUAGCAACAAAAUAAUACAACCCCCCCCCCCCCCACCAUGUCUACAAGUGUAGUAGUUGACCCCAGGACAUUCCUUUUAAUUCCUGUUCUGUGUCAACAUGAAACCUUAAAGAAGACUGAACCCUUUUCCUGAUUUCUCCCAAAUCUGUCCCCUUUUUGGGUAUUUUUCCCCAGACAGUAAAUCUAAAGGGGGAAACCGUCUCAUGUGUCAGAACAUGAAAUAUCUGUCAUGUAAAUGUAAGAUUGCCAAAUUUUCCCGGGCUCUGCUCCAAACUGCCUCCUAUUUAUCAGUGUUUCUGUAGAGAAGAAAGUCAGAAUAGGACUGCUCAGCUAAAACCAGACCCUUCACUCCCAUGACUCCACGCAAGAGUCUUGCUGAGUCAGCAUGAGGGGGGGUGAAAAGCAAAAAUAUGACAGAUCUUUCUACUCGGUGAAAGCGACGGAUGGGUUACUAGUGGGAGCGUGCUCACUUUCACCGCUCAGCUCUCGGAUGGGAAAGAAAUGCAAAGUCAGCAGAGUUGUUUUACUUAGUUAUCUGACGGUGUAUCUGUCGGUGUAUCUGUCGGUGUAUCUGACGGUGUAUCUGACGGUGUGUCUGACGGUGUAUCUGAGGGUGUAUCUGACGGUGUAUCUGUAUCUGAGGGUGUAUCUGACGGUGUAUCUGAGGUUGUAUCUGACGGUGUAUCUGACGGUGUGUCUGACGGUGUAUCUGAGGGUGUAUCUGACGGUGUGUCUUACGGUGUAUCUGACGGUGUGUCUGACGGUGUAUCUGAGGGUGUAUCUGUCGGUGUAUCUGACGGUGUGUCUGACGGUGUAUCUGACGGUGUAUCUGACGGUGUAUCUGUAUCUGAGGGUGUAUCUGACGGUGUGUCUGACGGUGUAUCUGAGGGUGUAUCUGUAUCUGAGGGUGUAUCUGACGGUGUAUCUGAUGGUGUAUCUGACGGUGUAUCUGUAUCUGAGGGUGUAUCUGAGGUUGUAUCUGAGGUUGUAUCUGAGGUUGUAUCUGAGGGUGUAUCUGUUGUUAUGGAGACGUCAGAGGGAUGUUGAUGGAGAUCACAAAAAGAAGUUUAAAUGCUCCAAAAAAGCUGCAGUCCGCCGAGCGGCUGUGGAGGAGUGUUGGAUUACGUUUGUGUCUCUCCGUCUCCCUGUUUCUCUGCGCUCUUGGCCAACACGUAUUCUCAUUCCAGCUCCAUCAACUCUGUCUGCUGGGGGUCAUCGCCAGCUCUCCCCUUUUCCUCCCUCCUCCUCCUCCUCCUCCUCUUCCUCCUCCUCAGCCUGUUUCUGAACUCAUUCUCGUCUCAGUAAUGGACCACAUCUGGGAGAGAUUGAGCCGCUCCAGCUCUGUCUGCCAGAUCACAGCCGGAUCGCAGGGGGUCCCAAAUUUUGCAUCCCGAUCUGGGUCCCGCCUGCUCCGGGGACGUUCCCCCUGGCAUGGAGCCGGGCAGACCGAUGCCUGUUCACAGGAGGGAUGAUUGAGCGCUCAUCUAUUUCUGGUGACCUCUCUUUCAGCUUGUGAAUCGGCCUUCUUUGGGCCGUUCCCAUGUCUGUGAUUCCCCCCUACCCCCCCCCACCCCUCCUGCAGCUCUGCGGUCCUCUUCCUGGUCUGUAGUUCAGAGACGUUGCAGCGUCCAUGAAUCAUUCAAAGAGAGGGAUUGAUGAGGGAAGAGGGAAUCUUUUGGGAUAUAAACUUUAGAUCUGAAAGAGAAGAUUAGACGUUUUUCCACAGAUUCAACAGUCUCCGUCCUCUGAUGUACAUGUCUGUGUUUAUGUGGUUU